AUGUCUGUAAACACAACACCCGAUACAACGUGGCAACGAUACAAAAUCGACAGCUUCAAAACCUCAACGGCGAAACGAGUCCCUUAUGAAGAGUUAGAUUUUACCAUCUACAAACCAAAUGCUAAUCAUGUAGCAUUCUCUACCACCGAAGAACGUCUCCCGAUGUGGAUAAAGGCAUUGUACCUUCGAUACUAUAAAGAUGGCCUCUACAACAAUAAUACGGAAAUCAACACCAGAUGGCUCGAACAAUAUAACACCGUUGACUCGACCAAAUGUGAUGAAAUAGUCAUCCAUAUCCCCGUAAAUGACAAGGACAUUGCUCUUACCAUCACAGUAAAAGCUUCGAAAGGACGUAUUGAAGCGCAAGGUCGUUUUGUCAAAGAAUGGGGCGCGAAGGAAUUUACAUGUUUACGCGCCAUGGUCGAUGAGCCACGUGAUACAUGGAAUGUCGAAUCCAUUAAACCCUUCGCCGAUAUACUCCUUAAUAGCAAAGAAAAACCAUCAUACCGACAAUCCCUAGCGGCUAAGGAUAUAAAGCCUAAAGACAAAUCGUCUCCUGAAAUCAUUGAACAAAUCACAAUGACUACACCUCGCGAGAAAUCGUUUUCCUUGGUGAAAGCUCAACUUGCAAACAUUGAAGCAGAAUUUACAAUGUAUCGAGAGAACAAUGAUCAAACGAUGUCACAGCUAUUCAAGUUGAUAGAAAAGAAAGACGAACAGAUAAACGCUCUGAAAAAUGAUAUUUGCAAGCUAAAAUCGAUUGACAAAGAGCAGCAACAAGUUCUCAGUGAUCUCACUGUAGAACACUUAAAAAUGGAACAAGAUAUUGAAGCCUUAAAUAAAAGAUGUCAAAAAACAGAGGAAAAGAACUUGAGCUUGUUAAAAUCAUUAAACAAGAAAGAAAAAGAAUCGGAAUGCGAAGAUCUUUCUUGGGCCUCCAUGUCUGCCAAGACUGCCACACUUCCACCUUCAGGCAACACCAACACCUACACCAUACCCACAUCAAACAGUUAUGAAGCCCUUUUCAAUGAAGAGUCUGAAAACAAUACCAGCAAUGAUACUAAAAAGAGAACGAAAGCCAAAAACCAACUCCGCAAACAAAAAACCAAGAACCAGAGAACGAAAACCCAGCUAUACCACCACAAAAUCAUACCAAUACUGCGGAAACCAUCAUCUUAUGCGACAGUAACGGACGAUAUCUUAAACCAAAAUUACUCUGCCCAAAUACAACAACUAGCUAUAUUCGUUGUCCAACAUUAACAAAAGCUAGACAAAUAAUCCAGAACACUACCUUUACUGAUCCAAAAAAUUUUAUUUUACAUUGUGGAACCAAUGACAUCGAACACCUCCAACCUGAGCAAAAUGUUGACAAGGCGAUUGAAGAUAUUGUUGGUCUAGUCAAAGAAAAACAUCCCGAAUGCCGAGUGAUUAUCUCUGGUUUACUGCCAAGAAGAGAUGAACUAAAUAAAAAUAUCACCUCUAUCAACAAUGGAAUAGAAAAAGUCCUAGAAAACAAACAAAAUACCUCCUUCAUCCACCACGAAAACAUCAGUACAGAGAAGGACUUCUACGAUAACAAGCACCUUAACGAAAGAGGAGUAAAAUUCUUUGCGAAAAACAUUAAGGGUGCUUACUUCAACACGAAGCCAAAGAAGAUGCCCUAUAUAAGAAAAAACCCUAACCCUUACCCCACCUACAAAGGAAACAUUCCGCAACAUACAUACCCAGCCACAUUCAAUCUAAAGUACCCAAUUGCCCCUAAUUACCAUCAUCGACCAUUUACACCAUUCCUAAACGUACCACCACCGAAUAUGCUACAAGAUGCCAGCAGAUAUGCUUCAUCCAAGCCCUUGAGUCCCCAAGAACCUACUACGAAACCACUACCAACUGAACUGAUUGGGCUGAUAAAGCAACUAUAUGGCU